AUGGCGGGGACACGUGUGCGUGCGCGCGGCGCCGUCCGCACGCGACCCCCCCCCCCUUCCUGCCUACAGCUGCUGCUCCUGCUGACUACCGCGACGGCGAGCGCCCAGUCGCGCUGGCCCCCCCAGCCGCAGCCGCAGCCACAGCCACAGCCGCCGCCUGCAUCGUCCCAGCCCUCCGCUGCGGCCCCGGUGGUGGCGUACCGCUUCGCUUACGACGUCCAGAACGCGCAGACGGGCGACACCAAGGGCCAGUUCGAGACGCGGGACGGCGACGUGGUGCGCGGCAGCUACUCGCUCGUGGAGCCCGACGGCAGCCGGCGCAUCGUCGAGUACACCGCCGACCCCGUGCGAGGGUUCAACGCCGUGGUGCGGCGGGAGCUGGCAUCCGCCGGCCCCUCCGGCCCCGCUUCCGCCCCCGCCUCCGCCCCCGCGCCGCGGUUGUACCCCUCUGCCCCCGCCGCCGUCCCACCUCCGCCCCCGCGGCAGGACCAGAGGAACCACGACGCCCGGGGCGCCGGCCGCGUCCCGCCCUCCGCCCCCACGCCGUUCUACACCGCCCCGCCCCCGCCGCCGCAACCGCAGCCGCAGGCGCUGCGGAACCGCGGCCGCGCCGCCUACGUCGCUCCCGCGGCGAAGAAAGCGGCAUAUUACGCGGCGGCCGCUGCCGCCCGCGCGCCGACGCCGCCCAGGAAGAAGUACCGCUACCCGAAGGACCUGGAGCUGCAGCUGGCCGCCGCCGGCGUGGGCGCGGACCCGGCCAAGUGGCUGCCGCCCUCCGGCUACCGCUCCUCCAGGGGCUACCUGCUACCCGGCAGCGCCAUCGUCACCUCCGGCGCCUUCCUCGACUGA